GCUCACGGAGUGCACGCGCCUCGUAUGGGCUCCGUAUAUUUCAAACUCUUGUGGCCAAACAAUCACCGCUGGACCCAAACUAACGUCGGAACCAGCUUCCGGAAGUGGUCCGCUACCGAUCAAGACCAGUCCCGACGCCAGGGACCCAGGACAAGGGUUUCUACGACCACAAGAUUGCUAACCCUAACAAGACCUUCAGCUGCUCCGUCUGGCCGAGAGACAGGUGCGCCGCAGCUACGAAGGUGCGCGGCGUCGCUGUCGCAGUCCUGGCUCCCGAGGACUUCGCCCAACGACUCGCACCCUCGUGAGAUCAAGUAAGUGCAGCCCCUCCCCUCGUCAUGGAGGUAGUAGAGGUUGAAGGCACGAAAAUAGCCCCCGAAGAAGUUUCCGUUGAAGCAGGGUGGCUUGUCAGCCACCGUAAGCAACGACAGACUACGCAGGCAUCAUCCCUACUCAUACACGGAUCCCUCCAUGCAACAGCAAGCGCACGCACCGAGAGUACCGAGCAGCCCGCACUACGCCGACGCGCACCACGGCAACCACGCCUUCCGAAGAAUGAUAUCAAGAUCGUCAUACGCCCAAGAGACGGUUUCAACGUGUCCAAACUAGGAGACGCCCAGAUACGCGACUCAAUACUACAGAUCACGGGCAUUACAACCAAAGAAGCAGAGGACGACAUUUACCGCUCAUGCACGGAUAAUAAUGUCAUUGUAGUUAGCACGCCAAUGAUGUCUAACGCCGAAAAAUACUGUCGCAUCCGCAGUCUCCCCAUCGGAGCAGUCCGCUACGCUGCCACAGCAUACGUCACACCGCCGGAGGACACAGCCAAAGGAGUCAUACAUAACAUCCCUUCAUAUGACACGGACGAAGACAUUACCAACAGUCUCAUUUACAAGAAGAACCCUACGAUUCUGCAGGCCCGACGCAUGGGCAAGACUAAUUCAGUGCUCAUCGUAUUCGACGGAAAGCAAGUACCGUACCAUGUCUACUACCGCGGAGCAGAAUACAAAUGCUAUCUACAUAAGAAGCGCAUCGAGGUCUGCGACAUCUGCGGGACCGUCGGCCACAGGGCCGAUGUAUGCCCCACUCCAACCCAGAAGAAAUGCAAGAGCUGUGACACAGUAAAUCCACCGGAUGAUCACCCCUGUCACCCUUGCUGCGCGCUCUGCGGCAAAGACCACCCGACUGGGGAUAAGUCCUGCCAUCGCCGCUUCCAGACACCACACCUCCUACUCCAACGACGAUGGGAACGCCUACGACAGGGACAACAAGGAGCUGACCAGGAGAUGGGGCCAUCGACUUCUGCAAAUGGAGACUCAGCUCUGCCAACACCGAAGUCAACACUACAACCGCAGGCUCCCGAACGCAGCAAUUCACGAGGACGCAGUCGGUCUCGUGGACGCAGCCGCUCCCGAGGUCGCAGUCAGUCACAAGGACGCAGUCACUCUCGGAGCGGACCGGAUUCAACACCGCCGCAGCAGCAAGGAAACACAAGCCUUAAAACGACCACAGUCAAAGUGCCAGACGCACCCCCCAAGGUAAGCUGGGCCAGCAUUGUCUCCCACACAGGUCACACCACACAACCUAUAGCAACCCCAGUGAACACAGUUAGUGACGCUACCAUGCACAGCUUCAUGCAGGAGCUCCGAUCCUUACGUGCUGAGAUACAAGAACUCAAGACAGAAAACGCUAAUCUCAAAUCACAACUUGCAGACACACAACCCAAACAUUUACCAUCAAAUGCAGACAUCCUUCCUGUCCCUGCAAUAGAUUGCCCGCAAACCACCCAACAACCAACCUCGCACAAACGCAAAGCUCUCGAACCAAUCUCAAAAGUUGCAACACCAGCAUACACUUCAGAAGGAAAUGUCAACUGUGAGGCCCUCACUGAGCUGCAACAGCGGAUAGAACGCAACCUCAACGAAGCAUUAGAUUGUAAGCUUGCCACAUUGCUCGACGCCUCUAUUGCAAAAGCUCUCGAACGCGCAAUGGACAACCUCCUUACGGCGAAACUAGAAACGCUACUACUGCCCAGAAUUGAGCAAGCCUUUGCGGCAAGAGAACAACAGCGACAGGAAAACAUGGACGACACGCGCAAAGUGCUUCAAGACAUGGUCGCAACUUUGGCUCAAAAUCACAAUACCCGUUUGACAGAAUUGGAAAACACCCUACUCCGUCCCAGAGCAGGUCCCCUAAAGAAGCCGUACUCGCGUCCCGACAAAGAUGGCUGCGAGUAAUCCAGAACGUGUUACCUACUGCAUUUGGCAGUGGAACUGCCGGGGCUUCCGGCGAAAGCGAGCACACUUAGAGCAAUACAUUACCUCUCUCGCACCACAUACUUCCCCCGAUGUUAUCGCAUUACAAGAGACCGGAGAAGCGGCUAAGCUGUCGGGAUACGCGGCAUACACCGCAGUUUGCAAUGAUAACCGCAGGCCCCAAGUAACCACACUAGUUAAGCGAAACAUUCCGGUUAUACAGCAUCACACAGGCAUUGAUACAGCAGCCCACAUUUUUCUGGAGAUCAUCCCGUCUGCAAGGCGCAAGCAACAGAGCCUCUUCAUCCUCAAUGUGUACAGCAGCCCCAGAGAACAACAUAGGUUUCUACGACUUUUCACCAAAGCAGAUCAAGUAGCUAGGGGAGCCCCCCUGCUCAUCGUAGGGGACCUUAAUGCCCCUGCGGUGGCAUGGGGAUACUCAAUGGACCGCCGAAAGGGAAGACAACUAUGGCUUGACGGACAGAAUCUAGGUCUUACUCUUGUCACGGAUCCAACUUCUCCCACUCGUAUGGGAAACAGCGUUAGCAGAGAUACUACUCCGGACUUGACAUUCGCAAAACGAAUUCCACAAGCAGACUGGAUCAACACACAAGACAACUUGGGCAGCGACCACUAUUUAAUCCAAACAACAGUUCGAGUGGGCCCGCGAAAGCCUAAGGGUCGUCAACUCCACAUAACG